AUGGAGUCCCCGCCAACUGGCCCCCUCCUGGCCGAUGUCGCUCGUCGCGAGAGCUUCGGAUCUCAGAAUUCCCAGACGGCAAGAGAGUUUAUUGACUCUCAGAUUCGACUCGAGGCCGAUGCACGAGAAGUGCUACCAUAUUCCUUCGACUCCUGCACCCAUGAGCUCGGUCCACUGCGACAGAAUCUCUUUGCCUGCCUGACUUGCAAUCCUCCCCCCUCGAGCCCCGAUGAUGAUUACACCGCCGCUGCCGUGUGCUAUUCCUGCUCCAUUGCAUGCCAUGGCGAGCACACGUUGGUCGAAUUGUUCAACAAGCGCAACUUUGUUUGCGACUGUGGUACGACUCGCAUGCCCUCCACCUCUCCGUGUACUUUGCGCGAAGACCCCAAUACCGGCCGAAAGGGCGUCCACUCUCAGGAAGCUGCCCCGGGCAACAAAUACAAUCACAACUUCCGCAACCAAUUUUGUGGCUGUGGUGAGAAAUAUGACCCACACCAGGAGAAGGGUACUAUGUUCCAAUGCCUUGGCCUCGGCAGUGUUGAGACUGGGGGAUGUGGCGAGGAUUGGUGGCACCCCGAAUGUCUGAUUGGACUGCCGCGCGAUUGGUACAAGAAUCUUCCGAGCAAGAAGUCUGCGCCUUUUGGUGAAGACGGUACUGUCGAAGGUGCUGUCGAUGGCCUUGAUGAAAACGGCGAGACUCCUCUGCCUCCCGGCUUCCCAGCCGAGGAAGAUUUCCAGCAAUUGAUCUGUUACAAAUGUAUUGAGUCUACCCCGUGGCUCAAGCGAUACGCUGGAACCCCGGGUUUCCUUCCGCCAGUAUUUCGCAACGGGGGAAUCGAGAAACCAGCGCAUGCCAUUCCAGAGGAACCUGCAACUGUGGAGACAACGAAGCAGGAGGACAACUCAAAGAAGCGCAAGGCCGAUGACGACGAGCCUGCUCAGGAGGAGCCCUUAGCAAAGCGAACCAAAGAAGAUGGCGCACCCGCGAAGGAUCCCGAGCCAUCCACACUCAUCACUAUCAAAGAAGACGAUCCCUCCCCCAACUCAUCCACCAUCACCGCCCAAACACCCACAACAGACUCCUCAAAGCCCAAACAUACCUCCCUCCCCUCCACUACCCCAGAAGCAUCCUUCUCUCUCUUCCUCCUCGAAAACUUCCACGACCGCCUCUGCCGCUGCGCAGAAUGUUUCCCCAAACUAGCCCCUUUCCCCCAACUCCGCGAAGAAGAAGAAACCUACGAGCCGCCCCUCUCCGACGACGGCAACGGCGCCGGCGCCGGCAGCACCGGGACAGGCAGUCUCCUCGAGCGCGGCGAGGCAGCCCUCAGCAACGUGGACCGCGUCCGAGCUAUCGAAGGCGCAAUGAUCUACAACCAUCUUCGCGAUAAGGUGAAGGAUUUCCUCAAGCCUUUCGCGGAGAGUGGACAGGCUGUUAGCGCGGAGGAUAUCAAGGGGUAUUUCGAGAAACUUCGGGGUGAUGAACAGGGCAUUAAAGAUGCGGCUGGGAGGGCUUCUGCUAUGGGAGAUGGAGGCGGUGAUACUGAUGGUGAUAAUCGCCGUGAGCAGAAUGGGUACUGA